AAUUUUGUUUAAAAAGGAUAGUUUUUAACAGAUGCAAUUUGAAAUGUUUAUUCAGUGAAUGAAGUUGCUUGAACUUUCUAAAAAAUAAUGCAGUAUAAUAUACCUACCUGUAAACUAGGAUUGGCCCUAGUGGUCUCUUCUAUUAAGGUAUUUUUUAAUGUUUUUUUGGUCAGGGAGAAAUUCACUAUACCACCUGGAUACCUGGGCAUACUGGCACCUCGGUGGUCUCUCUACCAAAGUGCUUUUGCGGGCUAUAUUUGUGGCAUUGAGACGCUAUUCAGCACAAAACAAUCGUGCUAUAGUAAACAUCAAUCUUCCCUUUCAGGACGUCGCCUACUUAAAUAUUGUACCACAAUACCCAUAAAUCCAACGUAAAAUUUGUUCAGCAUCUGUCUCGCUCCAUCACGCCUGCAUGACCUAAUAUCUCGCGCCCAAUUAAAUCUAUUGUUCUUAAAUAAACCUUCACGUUUUAUUCCGUGACACUUCAUUAGGAAUGUAUGGUAUGCUGUCUCGUUAUCAUUUGCCGCCAAAGUUUCUAAAUUGACGUUCUUAGUUGCUAAUUACAAAUGUGUUGUCAUUUGUUAUUUAUGUCUCUUUUUGGCUACUCCUCGAGUAUGCAUUGUAAUUAGUAUUUGCCAUUAACUUGAUCAUUGCAUUCAUUUAUUGGGCUGUUAUUGUUUCAUACACCCUGUUUAUACAGGCACAAACAGCUUUUGAUAGUGCAUGACCUGUUAACUGAUGCUUGGUUAUAUUGAUUAAUCAGUCACCACAAGAUUUUACAACUGAUUACAAGUCAGUUUCGGCCUUCAUCUCAACCACGUAUGGUUGGAAAUAACAAUGAAAUAUUUAUAACAAGGAGCUUUUUCACAAUUUUCCCUUAGUGUGGCGAUAGCUGUAAAUGUAAUGUCGACAAAAGGAUUAACACAAGUAUUUAGUUCAUUGAGGCAAAAACAAAAACAGGAACGCGUCGCAUACUGUCGGUGUUGAGUCACUGGCCAGGAAAUACCUCCUAGCUUGCCAAGUGAUGUCUACGGGCUGAAAAACAAUACACAAGGACGGCAUAAUUUUUGAAAGAAACACAUAAAUACUUUAUUAUAACAAGAAGUCUCGCCGGCGCCGCAGUAAAGUUCCAACUGUCAGAGCAAAGAUGUAAAUAACAGACUUGCUCCUUUGUUAUAGAGAGCGAAUUGAAAAUAAAAUUAAAGUACCUCAAUUUGUAAAGCUUAUCAUUGUAAAUUUAUUAUUAAGUCACUAAUGCUCAGCGACUGAUUAAUAUAAUUUAAACUUCAUCAUAUCUGUACCGGACGUUAGGCAUUUAAUAUAAAUAGUUUUCAUCUAAACUUACAUGUAACGGUCAUAAAAUUAAUCUAUUUUAGAAAUGUUAAUAAGGCACUUAGAUGCAGGAUACAGUCACAAGGAUUUUAUUACUACAUAUAAAACCGUGUAGAUGAAUAAGUGACGUAGAGCAGCUGUAACGCAGACAACUUUCAAAUUUCCCGCGUCACUCAUUUUUGUAGACUCAUAAAAUAUAUUAAAAAUACUUGUCAAAAUAUUAUAAAAAUUCAUGAAAAUAUUAAUGGUUGCGGUAAUUUCUCCAGUCAUGCCGUGACAUUAUCCAAAGUGCUUAUACACAGCAGAUUCUUGAAAUAUUUCCUAGGCGCGCUUUCGCCCAAUCCCGGAUGGUUCCAAAAUUAACCCGAGCGUUCCAUUUACUCGCUCGACUCGAACUUUACGUGCGUAUCAAGUAAAACUAGAGAGUUUCUCAUUAAUUUGUAUAUUUUUACAUGUAUUUUUUGUGAUUUAUUUUGUGUGGAGUUUAAUACUUCGUCAUGGACAUUCCGACUGAUGUGUGGGGCCAACUGGCAUUGGAGGCCAGUCAAGUGUAUUUGACUGAGGGAGGGCAACUCAGGAGUCCAUUCGCAAACACGACUAUAGAAAAGUUACCAGACAAAGUGUUAUUGAAUAUAUUCUCGUAUUUAACACAUCGAGAAAUAUGUCGAAUGGCCACAGUCUGCAAAAGAUGGCGCAUGGUAGCAUACGACACAAAACUAUGGACCCACGUCAGUUUACGACCAGAAAUCUCAGGAUUACAUGUUGGAUCCCUGGAAUCGCUACUAGCUCUGAUAUCGAUAAGGUUCGGACCUUCGCUGCGCUACAUCGAGCUGCCCAUCGAGCUGAUAACUCACACCGUGCUACACGAGCUGGCUGCCAAGUGCCCUAACCUGACGCAUAUGCUACUGGAUUUCAGUACAGCCAUGCAGCUGCACGACUUCUCGGAGAUGCAGGCGUUCCCCACGAAGCUGCGAUACCUGUGCAUCUGUCUUUCCGAGGUCAUCUUCAUGGAGGGCUUCAUGCGCAAGAUAUACAACUUCAUCAACGGUCUCGAGAUCCUGCAUCUUAUUGGAACCUACGAGAAGGUGGAAGAAGAGGAGGAGGAAAUCUACGAGGUAAUCAACGUGCACAAGCUGAAGUCCGCCACUCCGAACCUUCGCGUCAUCAACCUGUACGGGAUUAACUUCGUGGACGACUCGCAUAUCGAUGCCUUCAGCUCUAACUGUAUUCAGCUUGAAUGCCUGGCUGUGAACUUCUGCAACAAGGUGACGGGAUCCACAAUGAAGACACUGUUCCAACGCUCCAGGAGACUCACCUGCCUGCUCAUGAAUGGAUGCAGUCUCCAAUCGGAGUACGUGAUGCAAGUAGAAUGGGAGAAGUCCUCGAUUCAGGAGCUGGACAUCACGGCCACGGACCUGUCCACCGAGUGCCUCAUCGACAUGCUGACCAGGAUACCGAACCUGCGCUUCUUGAGCGCCGGGCAGAUCAAUGGAUUUAAUGACACCGUGCUGAAGGCUUGGAUAGAAGCUGGUACUGCGAGGAACCUGGUGGGGCUGGACGUGGACUCGUCGGACAACCUGACGGACGAGGCGCUGCACCGCUUCCUGUCGCGGCACGGCGGCCAGCUGCACGGGCUCGUGCUCAGCGGCAUGCCGCACAUCACCGACCAGCUCUGGCAGAGCGUGCUGCAGCUGCUCGUCAACGCCAAAAUCCUUAUUAUGGGCACACAAGAACGCCUUGGAGUCAACAUUCAUGUUGAUCAGUUGAUGGACGGCAUCGCGAACAGCUGCCCCAACCUGGAGCGGUUGGAGCUGCGCUGGGAUCCGGAGAACCUUCGUUUCAGCGACAAGAGCCAGAAGGCCAUCGAUAUCUUGCGCGUCAAGUGUCUCAAACUGAAGUGCUUGGUGCUGAGCGACGGGCGCUACUACGAGAUCGUGAAGGCGAACUUCGAGCGCGCGGACCGCACCACCGUAGUGCGCACCUCUACCAACUGCCGCGUCUCUAACUACUACCUGCUGUCCAACUACAAGGACUUGAUAUUCAACUAAUUUGUCGUGUUCUCAAUUAUAUUGUUAUGUAAUCUUUU